AUGGUUGCUCCAGCUUAUUACCAAGAUAGUUUUGUUGAUCAUGAAUUGUCCAAAAAUUUAGACUCAACUUUUGCCUUUGAAGGUCCAGAAAAAUUGCUUGAGAUUUGGUUUUGGAAAUCUGAAACCGAUAUUCCUCAGGAUGCUGGUACUGGCGUUGGGGACGGAUUAAGAUCGAUCCCAUUGGAAAAAUGGGUGAAAAUCUUAGAUUUGGUCAAUUGUAAAAUCUUGUCCAUGAAGAGUUGCAAAUUUAUGGAUGCUUAUUUAUUGAGUGAAUCGUCAUUAUUUGUUUUCCCUCACAAGAUGAUUUUGAAAACGUGUGGAACUACAACUACGUUGGCGUGUUUGCAGGAGUUGUUUCAAACAGUGCAGAAAUGUCUCAAUAUGACCAUUUUGAGUAAGGAAACGUACAAGAUUUUCUAUUCUAGACGUUCAUUUAUGUUUCCUGAUAAACAAGUACAUGUGCACAAGGAUUGGAAGAAUGAAGUUUCGUUGUUGAAUGAAUAUUUCAGUUUGGGUAAGUCCUACGUUGUGGGAAACUUUGCUAGUGAUGACCAUUGGUAUCUCUAUGUAGGGGGACAAGAGAAUGAAGAAGAGCAAAAAAAGGAAAACAAGGAAAACGUGUCCCAUAAAACCCACAAGGUGGUUGAUCAAACAUUUGAGAUUUUAAUGACUGAAUUGGAUUCUGAAUGUGCUAGUAACUUUAUUUACACUAGAAAGCCCGGUGAAGAAGCUGAAAAUGAGCAAGAUGAUUUGGGCCACAAUUUAGGAUUUGAUACCAUGGUUGAAACGGAAUUAGAUUCUAUUUUUGAACCAACAAAUGUCAAUACCCACUUACCUUCGCCAUCGUUAUCUGACAUUUCCGAAGAUGAGCAUGAAUGUCAAGUUAAAAAGGAUGCUAAAGUGGAUGGAAUCAAUGGUGUUUCCACUGGCAGCACCGCCACCGCCACUUCCAAUGCCACCACCACCACUUCCACCAAUUUUGAGUUUAUUCAUGACGCGUUUGCAUUCACUCCCUGCGGAUAUUCGUCCAACUCCAUCUGUUCCAACGUUAAAGGUGGCUACUACUAUACAUUGCACAUCACCCCAGAGACCGGAUGGAGUUAUGCCUCAUUUGAAACCAAUUUCCCCUUCAAUGAAUCAUAUCCCAUUGUCAAUGUCCUAUUCAAGAUUUUAAAGAUUUUUGCUCCUAAACGGUUCUCGAUGACUUUGAUUAAUGAAAUUUGUGACUAUGAUUUGAAUUAUCAGUCGUUGUUGGGAUGUGAUUUGUUAUUGAAGGAUAUUGGGUACAAGAAACAUGAGAAAGUGGUUUACGAUUUGAAGAAUGAGUAUCAUUUGUUGUAUAUGAAUUUUGAAAAGUGCAAGUGA